UGCACCGGCUUUGCAUGUCAAGUAGAGCCCUGACACCCUGACAAUGGCAGCUUUCCGCGGACUGGAAGAGGCAGUGCAGGAUCCAGACCAGCUUGUGAAAUUUCUAUGCUCCAAGUUCUCCCAGCUCAUCGAGCGCGUGGGUGUGGCGGAGGAGGGGCAGCGGGAGGCGCAGCAGAGGGCGGAGCUUCUGCGGCAGAAGCUGCGGCAAGAAACGGAGCAGCGGCAGGCGAUCACUGCUCAGAUGCAGGGCUCGCUGAGGACGCAGCUGGCGGAGGCCGAAGCAGCUCAACAGCGGUUGAAAGAAGCUAGGGCAAGUGCUGACUUUGCUUCAGCAGAGGUGCUGCGAGCCAAAGAGGCAGCUCACACUCUCAACGAGGAGUGCGAGAGGCUAAGCUCGCAGUGCCGGGAGGAACAGAAGAGCCUUGAGGAGGCCUCCAGCCGACGGCAGCAGGAGGAGCAGCGAACAGCGCAGUGUGAGCGCGAACGCGCGCGGCUGCGAGCUGAGGUGGAGGCGGUGUCGCAACGCCUCACCUGCCAAGAGGAGGAGCUGGCCGCAGGCUACCGGCGUGACCGGUUGCGGAGGUCGGAGCUGCGGCAGCUGGAAACGAAGCUGCAGGAUGCAGGACGGCAGCGCGUGGCUGCAAAGAAGCGGUUGCAAGGCAUUCAGGAUGAGCUUGCAAGCGUGCACAAGCAGGUGGCUCAGUACAAAGAGCGGCUCGAAGGUGCGCAGCACAUGCUGGCCGUCAGUCAGGAGGAGCUGCAAGGCGAGGUGGGGUCCCGGGAGACUGCGGAGCGGGAGAAGCUGCAGACGGCGCAGGAGGAAGCCCUUGCGCGGGAAGGUCUCGAGAGGUUGCGGCAAUUGAAGGCACGGCUGGAAGCAGCGCUGCGGGAGAACGUGGAGGCCCACAGCCAGCUGAAGGCCAUUCAGCUGAAGCACCGCAGCGCGCAGGAGCUAGCAGAUGCCACAGACGCCAGGCAGAAAGAAGCCUUGUCCCGCCUGGCGAGCAUCGACAUCUGCUCAGCAGAGGCCGACUUGGAGCGGUGGCAGCAGCGGCUGCAGGCAGUCAGCGAGUCCAUCAACAAGCUGAGGUCCACCUUGCAGGAUCUAGAGGAGAGCACCAAGGGAGCCAGCCAAGUAGGGCUUUCUUUGCAGGAGGAGCUGCAAAGAGUCUUCCUGGGGACCGAGCGGCUUCGGCAGGAAAGAGAGGAGGCCGCGCUGGGGGCCAACGAGGCCUCUGGCCGGCUCCGUGCCGCGGAGCCGGCGCUGGAGGCGGCGAGGCGGCGUGCCAGAGAGCUGGAGGGGAAGCUGGAGGACUCUCAGAGUGAGGUGGCGCGGUGCAAGCAGCACAAGGAGAGCUUCCUCCUUGAGGUGCGGCAGCAGCGGGAGAAGAUGCGGGGCCUGCGGAAGCGCCAUACCGUGCUCUCGGAGAAGGUUCAAGGCCUGGAGAAGCGGCUGCUGCGCAGCCCCUUGCUGCCAGGCAACGUUGCUUUCCGGCGGAAGGCGGGUCCAGGUCCAUCCCCGUCCCGGCCCCGGGAGAAGGAGCCUGAGGCUGAGACUGACGGGGCGCGACAGGCGCCGGUGCAGGCGCCGGCUCCGUCGGAGGCCGAGAGCUUGGACUAUUUGAGGCAGUGGGUGGAGUUGGAGGAGGCGCGCCUGGUGGCGCGCACCCCGCCAAAGCCUGAAGCCGCGUCCUCUUCAGCUGCCUUGGCAGCACUCAGCGCGGGUGCAGCACCCCGAGAGGCUCUUGCGCUCUUUGACACGCAGUCCGCUCCACAGGCAGGAGCCCUAGCUUCGAUGCCAGGAAGCUGGCGAUGCGCCGUGAGCCCUGUGUGUUGGGCCGGACGGAAUCUACGUGAUACUUUCCUGGGGAGCCCUAGAUGAACA